AUGGAGAAACCUACUGUUACUCAGAAUAACUACAACCAGCCUGAGCAGUCUCAGUACCCUGAGCAUACUACUCAACAGGACGUUCACAACCAGCAGCAUCCGCCGCAGUACGAUAAUCGAGACUUUAGCUCUCCUCUCGCUCAACCACCACUUACAAACAACCCAACCAAUCCACCGCCUACACACCAACCACAAGGUCAAAAGGAUGGAGUCUUUCCACCAGCGCAGCAGCAGCAGCAGAAUUACCAGAGCAUGCCCAUCCAGAACCUACAAAGCCAAAGUGCACCUGUAGUCUGUCCAAGCUGUGGAGUUAGAGCCAUGACAGUGACAAAGGCCGAGUCUGGAGGAAUGACGCAUGCUAUUGCGGCGGGUGUAUGCUUUUUCGCUUGUUUGGGUUGUAUUCCCUAUUGUAUCUCUUCGCUGAAGGAUGUUCAUCAUCAGUGCGGAAACUGUAACAUGCCACUUGCUGAUUACCACCGAAGUGGUAGAACUGAAGUGCGCUGUUUCCAGAAGUAG